AUGGGCACUUAUAGAAAACGAUUUAAUGAGAAGGCAAGGGCGGGCCAAGUGGCGAAACAGAAGAUAUUGAAAAGAAUCAGAAAUAAGCAAUUCCUCAGGCACGCUGAGGAUUACGAUGAUUCUAAAGUAGAAGAAGUAGAAAAUGCUAAAGACACUAAUGCUGAGCUUUUAAAUCCCAUGACGGAAGAGGAAAAAAAGGUAAAGAAGAGGAAACUGCAGGAGCUUUUUGCGCCCAAGGAAUCUAAGAUCUCGAGACUCAAGAAAAAGAGAUUGGAUAAAUUUGUAGAGCAUCAACUAGACAGAGAGGAGAAAAAGGCCAUUCUAGAAAAGCUACAAGAAUACAAAGUGGAUACAUCUUUGAUGACAAGUCUCAAAAACCUGGGUCAUGGUCGACAAACGAAAAAGCAAGAGUUUCAAGAGGCACUGAGCUUGGAGAAGCAAGGCAGAAGUGAUAAUAGAAUACAAGAAAUUUUAUAUGAGAAAGUUCAGCAGAGGGAUUGGAAUCGAGAGAAUGAAAGAAUGAGCAGUCAAAGCGAUGAAACCGACAACGAAGAGGAUGGCUGGGACACUGCUGACAAGAACAAGUCAUCUUUCAUUGAUUUGCGACCAGUCAAAAAUGGUGGAACAGGUUUCGGAUUCGGUUUUGCAAAUGCAAAAGUUGUGACCAGAAAGGUUCCUAAACGUAAAUAUAACUGGAAGCAACGGGUUGAAUUACAGGAGAGACGAAAACAGGAUGCUGGCGAUGAAAUGGAUUUUUUAUCUAGCACAGAUGAAGCAGAAUCUCUCUCAUCAAAUGAAAGUGUUACAAAUGAAGCAGAUAAAAAUACUAGCGAAGCAGAAAGCCAAUAUAUUGAAAAUAGUGACAGUAGUGAAGAUAACGAAGUUGAUGACUCUGAAGAUGAAGCUUCAGAGGAAGAUAAGGAGGAGGUUUCUCAAGUUUCGAUUGCGGCAGAUUUUAAGGAGUGGGCCAACAAGGAGAUUAAAAAAAUCGAAGGUACUAACAAAGAAUAUGUGAUGCCUCCUUUGAAAACUCUUUUACAACCUGUUAUUAGGGAAGAGGACCUGGAUGAUGGUCUGAUUGAAACGCAAGUACCGAUUGAUGAGAACUCGCAACGUAAGGCAUUCUUCGUAGAUGUUAAGAGGCCCGAAGAAGUUAAUAGUGUAAGAAUGCAAUUGCCAGUAUUUGGAGAAGAACACAAAAUAAUGGAAGCCAUUCAUCACAAUGACGUUGUAAUCAUUUGUGGUGCCACUGGUUCUGGUAAGACAACCCAAGUUCCCCAGUUUUUGUAUGAAUCUGGAUUCGGUAGCGAAAACUCGCCGGACUAUCCUGGGAUGAUAGGAAUUACGCAGCCCAGAAGGGUGGCUGCGGUUUCUAUGGCCAAGCGUGUGAGCAUUGAGAUGGGAGAUCACGGUGAUAAGGUUGCGCACCAAAUAAGGUUUGAUUCUAAUACUGGUGAUAGUACUAGAAUCAAGUUCAUGACUGACGGUGUUUUAUUAAGAGAAAUGAUGAAGGAUUUCAAGCUUACAAAUUACUCAUCUAUUAUCAUCGAUGAAGCACACGAAAGAAACAUUAAUACUGAUAUAUUGAUUGGUAUGUUGAGCCGGUGUGUCAGAUUGCGUGCCAAGGAGCAUGCCAAGGAUUUGAAAAGUCACAAAAAGUUAAAACUUAUCAUUAUGUCUGCGACAUUAAGGGUAUCAGACUUCAGUGAGAACACAGCACUAUUUCCUGUGGUACCGCCAGUUCUUAAUGUGGAGGCUAGACAGUACCCGGUUUCCAUUCAUUUUAAUCGCAAGACUAAUUACGACUAUAUGGAAGAAGCUUUCAAAAAAACAUGUAAAAUUCACAGAAAAUUACCUCCGGGUACUAUUUUAGUGUUUUUGACAGGCCAGCAGGAAAUUACACAGAUGGUGAAGAAAUUGAGACAAGAAUUUCCAUCUCAAAAAGGUCUCAAAGCAAAUAGAGAUUUAUCUUCUUCUGUUGCGGUCAAAGUAAACUCUAAAAAUGCUGAUAUAGAAGCUGAAGAUAUUGAUUUUAGUGUCAAAGUAAUGGAGAAGGACAACUUCGAUGAUGGUUCCAUAAGUGAUGGGGAUGACAAUAGCUCUGAAGAAGAAGGCUUUGAGGAAGCGGUUGAUCAAAUUCAGCAAAAGAUAGGUCCGUUGCAUGUAUUGCCACUUUACUCUUUGCUACCGACAAAUGAACAAAUGAAGGUUUUUCAAGAGGCUCCUGCAGGAUCGAGACUAUGUAUCGUGGCCACAAAUGUCGCAGAGACCUCUUUGACGAUACCCGGUGUCAAAUACGUUGUCGACUGUGGAAGAUGUAAAGAGAGAAAGUUCAAUGAAGUCAAUGGCGUUCAGAGUUUUGAAAUUGACUGGAUAAGUAAGGCUAGUGCGGAUCAGCGGAGUGGUAGAGCUGGUCGUACAGGACCAGGUCAUUGUUAUCGUCUCUAUUCAUCAGCUCUUUUUGAACGGGAUUUUAAACAAUUUUCACGUCCAGAAAUCCUAAGAAUGCCUGUCGAGAGUGUUGUUUUACAAAUGAAAAGUAUGGCUAUUCAUAAUGUUUUGAACUUCCCAUUUCCAACUCCACCAGAUCGAAAGGCUUUGUCCACGGCUAUCCAGCUUCUUCAAUACUUGGGUUCAUUGGAUGCGGAUGAGAAGAUUACUGAGGACGGGAAGAUAAUGAGUUUAUUUCCUUUAUCUCCCAGAUUUUCGAAACUUUUACUUGUUUCGGAAGAAGGCGGGUGCUUGUCAUAUGCUGUCUCUAUUGUGAGUGCCUUAUCCGUUGGUGACCCCUUCAUCAAGGAACAAGAACUUGGCAUAGGUAAUCAACCUAAUCACGAGGAGAAACUAGAUGAAGUUGAUCAUUCUUUAUCAUACGCCGAGAAGGAAAGGCAGAAAGUUUUAAGGACCAAGUACUACAAAAGUAAGGCCCAAUUUUGCAAACUUGAUCAGUUCAGUGAUGUGUUCAGACUUCUGAGCGUUGUCAAUGCCUUCGACUAUAUCCCAGAAGAUCAAAAGGGUAAGUUUUUGCAUGAUAACUUUUUGAGAGGGAAGUUCAUGGAAGAAAUUACAAAAUUGAGGAAGCAAUUGAUGUAUAUCAUUAAAUCUAACACCAGCAAAGAAAAUGUUGCGGUUGUUAUACGUGAUGAAGACUUGAAAUCUAAAGUUCCUUCUGAAACGCAACUGAAGUUACUCAAACAAAUGGUAUGUGCAGGGUUCGUUGAUCAGGUGGCAAUUCGAGCAGAUUGCUUAUUUCCAGAAGAAACAACUACCAUCAAUAAAACAUCCAUCAUAAACAUACCUUAUAUCCCGGUUUUAACCUUAAAAACUCCCGAGGUAUCCGACUGCUUUGUAUAUAUCCAUCCAAACUCCCUCCUAGCUAAUAUUGGUGAAAUACCUCCAAAGUUUUUGGUUUACCAUUCUUUACAUCAAAAUAAUAGCGGUAAAACAAGAUUGAACGCGUUAUGUGAUAUCAAGAGCACACCAUUAGCCAAUAUCGCAAGAAAAGGUUCUUUGUUGACCUAUAGUAAACCUUUAAAUGGACAAGGCCUGAAAAUAAUACCUCUUACACCAACAGAGCGGUACUGUUAUGUCGUUCCUAGAUUCGGAGCAACAUUAGAUGGCGAUUUGAAGGUAGGCUGGGACUUAAAUCCAAUCCCCGUGCAUCAGGAGAAAGUCAAUGGACAGUGGCAAGUCACUAAAUUCAUUCUAAGUAAAACAUACAAGUCUGCUGAAAAAGACCGACGUCGUUAA